GGCAGCACUGGCCGGCUGGAAAAUGGCGUCGCUGUCUCGCCAUACCGACGGUAUACGGGCGACGAGGAACGUGCUCUCGCGGCGUCACUGGCGCGUCGCGUCUAACAUGUAAAUAGCGCAACGACGGGUCGCGUACGGUCGUGAUAAACGGAUCGCCAGCCCGUCCUGCCAUCGCCGUGACGUUCUGCCGUGCACCCCGAUGAGAUUCCGGUGAUACGUUUCUAGCUGCGUGUCCGCAAUGGCCGACGACUCCGCACCGCUGCCGAAGAGGCGCCAAUUGCGCGAGCGAACCAGGAAGCUGUACACGGACGACUGGACCAUAGGCGACGAGGAGAUCGAGGGUCGCAGGACCUUUCAGCUGGACGAGAAGAUCGAGGGCGAGAGGUACGACCUGAGCAACUUCAGCGGCCUCUUCCGCGAGAUGACCGGGCCAGAGCUGAAUUUGACGUUUCUGCAGAAGCACGGACUGCAGAUACCGCUGCUGUUCAGGGAGAAGUCCGGGCUGGGUCUGCGAGUACCCAGCACCAACUUCUCCGUCAACGACGUCAGAACCUGCGUGGGUUCUAAGAGAGUGCUGGACGUUAUGGAUGUUAAUACUCAGAAGAACGAAGAUAUGACUAUGAAGGAAUGGCAAAAGUAUUACGAGGAUCCUAACAAAGAACGUUUGUUAAAUGUGAUCUCAUUAGAAUUUAGUCACACCAAGUUAGAGAAUUACGUACAAUCUCCUACGCUAGUGCGGCAAGUAGAUUGGGUGGACGUGGUGUGGCCGAGGCAUCUGAAGGAGUCUCAGGUGGAAUCUACCAAUCUUCUGGAAGACAUGAUGUAUCCGAAGGUGCAGAAGUACUGCCUGAUGUCGGUGAAGGGCUGCUAUACCGACUUUCACGUCGACUUUGGCGGUACGAGCGUGUGGUAUCACAUUCUGCGCGGCGGCAAAAUCUUUUGGCUGAUCCCACCCACCGAGAAGAACUUGGCUCUCUAUCAGGAGUGGGUGUUGAGCGGCAAACAGUCGGACGUGUUCUUCGGCGAUAUGGUAGACAGAUGCGGCAGGAUAAGCCUGACGGCCGGUAUGACGCUGUUCAUACCCACCGGCUGGAUACACGCGGUUUACACGCCUCAGGACUCUCUGGUCUUCGGUGGAAAUUUCCUUCACAGUUUCGGCAUAGAGAAGCAAUUGAAAGUGGCACAAGUGGAGGAGCAUACAAAAGUACCACAGAAAUUCCGAUAUCCAUUCUUUACCGAAAUGUUGUGGUACGUCCUCGAAAGAUACGUGCACGUACUGUUGGGUAGAAGUCACUUGGAUAUAACUGAGACACAGCGACAGCACUUGGUCCCGCAGCAUCACCAGCACGUACAUAUCACGGAGUACGAGUUACACGGCUUGAAAGCCAUAGUGAUGUAUCUACACUCAUUGCCGUCGACAAAGAAGAACGUUCCGGAUCUGAUACGCGAUCCGGUCGCACUUAUUCACGAUGUUCGAUGCUUGGUGGAGAAGCACAGGCACGACAAUGCAGAAGCGGCUGUGACAGGCACUCCUGUGCUACCGCCGCCACCGCCACCCUUGAGCAUCGUUGACAGGGAGCGCAUCAGAGUAACGAGAAAAGGUUUUGUAAAAUCGCAGAGACAUCAUUCAGACAAGUCCGAGAGAGCAUUUCCGCGCAGGAGACGCACUAGAUGCAAAAAGUGUGAGGCUUGCACCAGACAGGAUUGUCGAGAAUGCGUAUUUUGCCAAGACAUGGUUAAAUUCGGUGGUAGCGGCCGCGCUAAACAAACAUGCCUUAUGCGCCAAUGUCUUAGACCCAUGCUUCCCGUCACAUCAUCUUGUAAGGUCUGUCAAUUGGAUGGCUGGAAGCAAUCACCUGCACCAUUGACGGGUAAAUUUUUGCCCACAACACCAUCUACUUUGAUGGAAUGUUCAAUCUGCUUCGACAUCGUACAUCCAGAAUGCAUAGGUUUGAACUUCAAGGAAAUCACCGUCAGUGAUGAUUUGCCAAACAGUUGGGAAUGCCCACAGUGCUGUGAACGAGGCCGUAACGUGGAAUGUCGGCCGCGUCAUCCAAGAGGCCGCACGCGAAAGCUAUCGGUGUCCAGCGCGGCCUCCUCAGCGCCGACCACGGAUUCCGAGCGGGCUAUGACACCGAGCAAACAGUCGAGGCUUGAUCCUAAUGACGCGUGGAAUGAUUCGCCCGGGGAGCCAGCCGAAGGUGAACAGAGAAUGAGUCAACAGCGCACCCAGUUAGCUAUGCAGCUGAUCGCCUCGAGCAGUAGAUCCUUGGCGAGACCGCACGUGGUGGUGAGGCCGGCACCGCCGCUGCCGCCGCCGCCUAUCCAAGAAACGGACGGCGAGCCGAACGAAUUGGUGUGCAACAAGACGGUGAUGCUCGCGGUAUUUCGAUUCCUCAACGUGAAGGAUCUGCUUAAUUGUGCCUUGGUUUGCCGUGCCUGGGCAAGAUACAGUAUAGAUCCGUGUCUGUGGAAGAAGCUCGACAUGUCGCACUAUAAUCUUCGUUCCUUACACUUGACGGUUAUCAUCCGACGGCAGCCCGAGUGUCUUUCGCUGGACUGGACGAAUAUCAAUAAGAUACAAUUGGCCUGGCUGCUGAAUAGGUUGCCGCAAUUACGGACAUUGUCCCUUCAGGGCUGUACUUGGGCCGACGUUCGUGCUCUGAAGAGUUGCAGCUGUCCGCCUCUGGAAAAGCUGAAUCUAAGUUACGUUACCUCAUUGAACGACGCUGUUUUGCAAGAAAUUCUGGACUCACCAACGGACUCGAGGCCCGGCCUUAUUGACAAGACAUCGCGAUUGAAGCAUCUCAAGCAUCUGUCUUUAGCCGGAUGCGAUCUCACGGAUCGAGGAGUGAGAUGUAUAGUUCAACAUCUGGCGGAUCUUGAAACCUUAGACCUCUCCUCGAUCGGCAGGCUUACCGACUCCGGAGUGGCUCACCUGAUGUCACUGUCAAGUCUGGCGUCGCUGAACCUAGCGAACUGCAAGUUGCUCACCGAAAUGACUCUCGAUCACCUGACGAGAUGUAAGGCGCUGAAACGCCUGGAUCUGCGACACACGACCCAAGUAUCGACGCAAGCUGUCAUUAAGUUCGCUGCCAAGAGCGAGCACAAUUUGCAUGUAACGGACGUCAAGCUGGUGGAGGAGAAGAAGAAGGUCAAAACCGAGAUCAAAACCGAAUUCAUGGACACGUGAAAGAGCAUGGCGUUCACAUGCCAACUAUUGUUCAGUGCAAUCCGGUUAUCGUUGCGUAAGAACACCGUUUACAGAGAAAUUAGAACCAUAAUAGUACCACAUGCUACGAUCAGCGAUUAUUUAUUUUGCAUGAGAGAAUCUAUAGGCAUCGUUACAGUGCAUCCUUAUGAUGCAACAGAAAGGACCUGAUUAGCAUAGAAUUUCUAUUCGGAUAACAUUUACUUUUAUCAAUAUAAGAUCAAACGCAAUUUUAACAAGAACGAUUCCUUCGCAACUUGAAUUUCUUAUUAUUCUUUUCAUUUUUCUUAUUACAGACACUUAUCUAUUCGAUCGUGUGAUUUGUAGUAUAUCAUAUUUACAUGUUUUCCGAAAUCAUUGACUAUAACUUUAGAAAUAAAUGCUUUGAUUUAUUUUAAAAUGAUUUUUUUUUUGCAACAAUUGGAGGAGAUAUUAUUUAUUACAGUUUUGUAAUUUUUUGUAUAUCUUUUGUAUAUCUAAAUCUCAAAUUCAAGUUUUAUUAAACUCUAUUAAAUUAAUUUAAAAAAAUGUAAUUUUGUUAUUUAUUUGGCAUCUCUUUAAUUUAAUUUGGAAAAUUAACUUCACGAAUUUGUCAUUUAAGAAACAUUCAUUUGGAAUAUAUGCUUGUGCAUAUAUACACAUAAGACAUAUGUUGUAAUAAAUAUGUAAAUACACAUAUCUGCAUUUAUUUUAUAAAUUCAAUUUGCUUAAAUCUCGAAACUGCAAAGAAAUAAUGUACAAUAUUGAUAUAGAAAUGACGUUUCUUCGAUCAUUAUUCUCUCUCUUUCUCUCUCUCUCUCUCUCUCUCUCUCUCUCUCUCUCUUUCGCACUAUAAAUACUUCAUAAAGAUAUUAUUUUAGCUUUUCUUUUUCUUUACUGAACGUUAUGUAGCAGGUUGCAAAGGUAGAUCGUAUAAAAUUGGAAAAGUUUAUGAAAAUGGUAUGUAGGAAUUCUGUCGAGUCAUUGUGCACAGAAGCAGUAUUUUUUGCAUAGGUUGUGAAGAUAGAAAGUUCUCGAAAAUAAGUAUUUCUUUCGCACGAAUGUCCGAAUAAAUUUCGAUCGAAAAUUUAUUACAAAAACGAUGUCUGUAAUUACACACAUACACACACAUAUAUAAAUAUAUACACACAUACUUACCUGCAGACAUGCAUUAAAACAUGUAUUGAAAUCGACUGUAUCGUUUCAUAACAUUAGUCCGGUGAUUUUACGUGAUAAUCGAAGAUAGCGUGUACAUGCUUUGAAUUUUUAUUCCCGAAUUGAUUUGCAUCCCGUGAUGUUCUGUGCAAGCCAAUGUAUAUAUACCUGCUUUUUAUGUAUAUGCAUGUUUUAUUUGUACGUUUUCUUUCUACUUUCCGACCCCCUUCUUAAGUGUUCGACGAUCGAUUUCAUGUAAAGACCGCAGGAAUGAUAAGUGAAUUAGGUAUUGACUCAAGUGCCAUCGUGCAUCUCGUGAAAUUGUCCAUUCUCUUCGUUAUGUUCCAACACGUUAAAUAACGAAUUCGUUGCGAUCACGCCUAUCGUUUGUAUCAUAAUAUUUUGAAGAAGGUAUUAUAGUGGCAAGCACACACCGUUCUCACGGAGUUGUCGCUAUUCUUGCGCUGAAUACAUUAUCGCGAGCGAAAGUUCUCAUUUCUUUAUUUUUACAUAAUUAAAGUUUCUUUCAGCAAUUUAAAAUAAAAACGAAAUCGCCACGAUGUAAUACAUUGUAUUAUACAUGUAAUCCAUGGAGAGCAAUAGCGAUCUCUAAUUCCCAAAUAUAAUUUUGAUUUGUAAAA